AUGGAAUGCUUACAUUUCUGUUAUUUUAGAUUUCGCAAAAAAAAUACAGAGUAUCAAGACAAAUCAACAGUACUAGUCGACAUAAUUCUAUAAAAAUAGUCCUUUUGAACAGGUAGAUAUAAGCACCAGACAUUUUCAAAAAAAUCUGCUAUUCCAAUAACAUUCGACAAAAAAGGAACAGAAAAAAAUCGUUCAUUUUCAUGUGAUCUUGUUUUAAUCGUUCGUAAAACCCAUGAAUUAGUUGAAAUUACAUACAAUAUGUUUGUAAUAGUAAUUUGAGCUUUUGAAAUCAUGACAUCAUUUUUUUUUAUUAUCAAUGCCCGCUCAUUAUUAUUAUAAAAAAAAUCAUGAAUCAUUAGGAAUGCGAAAUCAGAGGAAAAUGUUGGAGCUGGAUUCUAAUUCAACCCACCGUUUUGAAAUCGUCAGGCAGCAAACGAACACAUUCAAACAGCAGGUAAAACAAGUUUUCAGUGUAGAUCACACCAAAUUCGUGCCCUUUUUAAGCCACGUCAAAUUAGCUACCUGCAGUUCUUGAUCAAACAUUUCCUGAGUCCUUUCCAGGCUUUCUACGGCAGUCGUACGAACUGAGUCACGUGGAAUGUAGUUGUUUUUGUCGAAAGUAUUUUCUUCGCAGUAAAAUCAUUUCCAUCGGGUAUCAAGUUUGCGAGAAAUUGAUGUUUGCUGGGAAAUAAUUGCUACGUGCCUCCAACGAAAGUGUCUGUCCGGGGGAUCGACAGCACUUAACGAAGGUGAACCGGAGGUCAAGCAAGUCAAAUCAGUGGUUGGAUUUCAGCGAAAGGGCGUAAACGGAAGAUGUGUUGAUUAGCGUUUUCAUUGUUUUCGCGGCGUUUGCGAGUGAUUUGAUGGUGUAAAUCGUCGCGAUUACGGUGUAUUUCCAUGAAAUGGUGCUAGUGAAAACGUUUUUUGUUGUUUUGAACAUUGCUAGUGAUAGGACUUGUUGUUGAAACUGAAACGCCGUUAGGAAGAAUUCAAAAUAAACGUGCAAGUUGGCCCUUUUGGAAAGUAAACUCGUCGUUAUUUUACGUAACCAAAUCGAUGGAUGCAUGACGUCACGAUCUGUCAAAGUUUGUUCCACGGCCUAAUUUUUUCCUUUAUUCCGCGAUGAGUUUGUCGUAAAAAGAUUUUCAAGCCGAAAUAUCGAGAAAACAAUCGCAAAUAGUGAUCAAAGUGUGUGGAAACUGCUUUGCUGCCGAGAAAACAUCGGUGCAGCUAGAAGGACAGCGGAAAAUAGCUGGAUACCACGUCUGGCUGUGCUGACAUUUAGAUAACCUAUAUUUCAUCCGAUUUUUAUUUUCUCCUCGAACUGCACUUAUGGUGCGUGUACAAUUGGAAGAGCUAUAAUUGAUUCAAUGCGAUGUGGAAAAUUUACGUAGACAUGCACUCGGUUGAGCAUUAAAAGCGAAACGCGGCCAAUUAUGUUUCAUCUGGUGUGACGUCAAGUUCUCCGAAACAAAAUAAAAAAAGAAUGCAGAGUGGAGGAGGCCCAUUGCAAUCGGGUCCGCCCGUAAUGCGAGGACUAGCAUCGGGAACACCUACUUCUUCACAGCAGCAGCCCGAUAUGCAAAAGAUGCAGUCGCAACCUCCAUUGAUGAAUCAACAGUAUCAGCAGCAGCAGAAUAUGUUUCGAAGCGCUGGUACGAAUCAAGCAACUCGGCCGACACGUCCAAUAAUGUCAACCUUCCAUGGUCCGAUUUAUGCGCCAGUGUUUCAAGUGCCGUAUAAUCCACGGAUACCAGGCCAAUGGGCAAAUUACGGUUCGAUGCCCUAUCCGCAUCAGUUCUAUGUCCAGCAGCACAUAAUCUCUGGUCAGCAUCAACAGAAUCGACGGAAUCCGGCUGGUGAAAACAAUUUAGUUAAUGUAAAUAGCAACUAUUCGGCUGCACCUUCGAACGGAGGCACUAAUCUUAAUCCGCUAACGCCUAUUCCGCAGAUGCCGCAGGUUCAGUUGACACAACCACAGCCGAAUCAAUCUACGAUGGCAGUAUCACACGAUCUGCUCGUGAUGCAGCAAAUGCAUCAGCAGCAGCAGCAGCAACCACAACAAACACCCCAACAGGUGACCGGUGCUGGCCAAACGCCAAUAGAUCAACAUCAGCCGAACUCUGCUCAAGUUAACGUUGGAACACCGCAGCCUCCGCACGCGAUGAUGCAGCAAUUACAACUAGCUCCUCAUUUGACGGCUGGCAACACAGCUCCAGCUGCCAAAGUUAACAAAAAGAAGCAACGUGGUUCGCGAGCAAUUCCAAUCAUUCAUCCCGAUACUAACGAGGAUGUUUUGGAUAAAAUUUACAAUGAUUCGACACCCGCGGCAGCAGCAUCCACAUCGACAGUGUCGUCCUCAACAACGGGUCCACCACAGCCAAUAGCCACGGCACCAUCGUAUAAUACUAUUCCCCCGAAUGUACCCCAAAUUCCACUAAAUGCAGCCGUCGAGCCAGACUAUGAUAGCUACACGCCUCAUCCUCACCAGGGAACACCAGAGCUAGCUGGUCCCGCCGGAAUGGGACUGUUACAUCAUCAGCCUCCACCACAUUUACAUCAUCCACCUCCACCGGUCAAUCAUCCGCCUCCACAUGUUCACCCGGCACAUCCGGCUGCACAUCCGGCCGCUGGCCAAGGUCCUAUGCUAAUCACCCACGAGAUGGGAAGACCACAGUCUGUAAAUUCACAAGCGCAUGAACUUCAAUUUGGUCCAAUCAAAAUAGUAAACCCGCCACCGCAUCUUCCACAUCAUUCGGUAGCAAGCGUAGCCGCAGCGGAAAUGACCGCUGGCGGAACACCCGUCGUUUCGGCAAUCGUAGAUGCACCUUCGGUGGAAAUUAAACCUUUCCAGAAAAAGAAAAAACCCAUUAGUGAGGUCGUAAUCCAGCAGCCUCCUCCUCUACAACAGCCGCAACCACAGCAUUCAAUCGAGAUGCAUCCAUCAAAAUCGCUUCCACCCAAUAAUAGUUCACAACAGCAACAGCAGCAGCAACAUCUUCAGCACAAUGCUUGCAUCGGUAUGAACGAAUCCAUUCAAAUCCCAUGUGCUGGACCGGUACGGUAUCGUACAAUCUCGGAGAAAUCGAUUGCAGAAUCAACCCUCUCAACGGACGCGGAGCCGUUCGUCUACACUGGCCCUAGCAGUUGCACUAUUCAGCAACCAAUUCCGCCACGUGUUGAAGAAAUUCCGCAACCAGCCAAUAUUGUCCCAGAAGUGGUGGUACCUUUCGUACCAAUAAUGGCAGCAGCCACGGUCGCUGUUGAACAGCAAUUGCAACAGCCGCAACCACAGCAGCAGCACCAAUUUCCCCAAGAGACUGUUCCACUCAAACGAGAAGUGGACGAGCCGCCACCGAUGGCUAAGAGUAGCAACAAAAACAUAGAUACAUUGAUAGCGAGCGUGGAGAAACUUAGUGUAGAAGAUAAUAAUAACAGCAGCAACAAUAAUAACGCCAGUUCGAAUCAGACCGGCUCUAGUAACAACAACAACAACAACAACAACAACAGUAAAAAACAGAAGCAAAACAAAAAGCGUAUAAUAGAUGAUACCAUUGCUAGUGAAACUAGCAAGAACACCGGCAGCAGCAUGGCUUCUGCCCCAAUAGUGGAACAGCAACCGAUAGUUGCGGCAGUCGAUGAAACGGAUAGAUCUGUUGUUUCGACCGAAACACCUCAACAACAUCAAGAAAAACAACAGUUGUCAUCGUCAUCGUCGUCGUUGAUUAGUAAUUUAGUGGAGCAUAAUACUAAUAAGUUAGAUAAUGAUAAUAUAAUUAAUAAUAAUAAUAAUGUGGAUUGCACCAGUACUACGAAUACAGCUACCGAUAAUACGACAGAGCAAAUUAACCCAUCGCCACUGAUGAUGGAGAAUGAUACGCAACAGAAACCAUCGCUAGACUCUCGGCAACACACUCCCGAGAAGCUGGACAUUGAGAAUAAUGUGCAGCAUGCCGAAUUCGUCGACGAUAAUAAGAAUGUGGUUGGUGUUGGUGAAACCACCGGAAGCACACCGGAAGUGGUUACGAAGCCAGAGAUCUCGCCACCAAAAGAAAGCACAACCACAGCAAACGAAUCAAGUGUGGUAGCAACAGCAGCAGCGGUCCCAGCAGCAGCCGCACCGGUGGCGACCGACGUCGGAAAUGCUAAAUUGAAUCCAGCAAUUCCUGCCAAAAAAUCCCGUUCAAUCACACUGAUCGAGUACGAUCCGGAUCAGUGGAGUCCGGACAAUCCAUCCGGCAAGAAGAAGUAUUCCCGCGAUCAGUUGAUGCAGCUGAAGAACACGGCGACCGCACGCGAGAAGCCUGCCAAUCUGCCCAACAGUCUGGAGAAUGUGCUGAUCCGAAGCAAUCAUGGCGGCGGAAACCAUUCGAUGGGUGGUGGAGGUGGCGGAGGUCAAAUGCGGUCAAAUUACGCCGAAAUAUCGCUGCUGCCGACGUUUAUGAAGGAUCGAAUGGGUGGUGGCGGUGGUGGCGGGGGCAUGAUGGGCCAAAUGAGACAACCAUACACGACAAAGCGCUCGUCGCAACAGGGAAACAGUGGCGGCCAAUCGGGUCCCCAAUCGAAUAAACAAUCGCAGCAAAGCAUGAGCAAAACGGGCUCCAAAAUAAUCCGCCUCCAGCUGGACGAGGAGGUAAAGCUGAAUGAAUGCGCCAAUGCGUGGCGCCCGAGACAUCUGCAGUCCAACGACAAUCUGGAGGAGUCGGAACGAGUUACACAGGAGCUGUACAAGAAGUUCCGUUCGAUUCUCAACAAGUUGACGCCGGAAAACUUCGACAAGUUGGUUCAACAGGUCAAAUCCUACGUCAUCGAUACCGACGAGCGGUUAAGUGGUUGCAUUCGGCUUGUCUUCGAGAAGGCAAUUUCGGAGCCCAAUUUCUCCGAAGCGUACUCCAAAAUGUGCAAAGAGAUUGGCACUAUUGCCAUCCAGGAGAACAAGGAGAAGCGGAUGAGCUUCAAGGGUUGUCUGCUGAGUCAGUGUCAGCAUGAGUUUGAGAAGCGCCGGAACGACCAGACGAGCGCCAGUCGGGAAUUGCGCGUCCGACUCGAAGCGAGUAAGGGUUUACCAAAGGAGGAAUACGAAGAGCUGAAGGCACAGCUUGAGGAGGACGAGCUGAAGGUGCGACGACGAGCCGUCGGUACGGUUCGCUUCAUCGGAGAGCUGUUCAAACAUGGUCAGCUGACGACCAAGAUUAUGAACAGUUGUAUCCUGUUACUGAUCGAGAAAGAUGAUCGAGAUUACGACGAAGAGACGCUCGAGUGUCUGUGCAAACUGCUCACCACAGUUGGUUCCAAGAUGGAGCAGGAGAGUAAAAUAGAUUUGGGAACCUAUUUCGACAAGAUGUCGGAGAUUGUUAAACAUAGAGACCAGUACCGAAUCAGCAGUCGCAUCCGGUUUAUGAUCCAGGAUGUGAUCGAUUUGCGCCGAAAUGGGUGGCAACCCCGUCGUCAGGAGCUGAAUCCAAAGACGAUGAAUCAAAUCGUGAAGGAAGCGGAGACGGAACAGUUGCAGAUAAGCAUGAACUAUAUUCCACGCGGAAAGGACAGUGGAUACUCGAGUGAUAUGGGACGUGGUAAUCGGGGCAAUAUGCAAGGAGGCGGUUCGAAGAUGUCCGGAUCGAUGGGUUCCGGUUACAAUCAGGGUACGCUCGGUCGCGGCGGUAACCAAGGUUCGAUGAAAGGUGGUCGAAUGCAAACCGAUGACGAUGGAUUCCAGCAAAUCUCCAACAAUCGCAACAAUCGUGCGCCACCGAUCGAUCCGAAGAAGAUAACCAUUCCGGUCAAUUUAGAUGUUACUACCAAACUCGGAUCGGCAUCCAGCUAUCAGGGCUGGAAGAACAAUAGCAACAUGUUUGCGGCACUCAACAACGAAGAGUCCAACCAGGGUGGCGGUGGAGGAAGCAUGAUGGAUCGUGAUGGCGAUCGAGAUCGCGACCGAAGUGGAAGUCAUCGGGAUCGUGAUCGUAAUCAGCGGGAUCGAGACCGAAGUGGAAGCCACAACAAAAACUCGGGCAGCAGGGAUUCCUAUCACCAUAAGGGCUCGAUGGAACGAGAUCGGUAUAACCGAUAUGGUGGCAGCAGCAGUCAGAGUGACGACCGUAUGUCAAGGUCCUCACGGGAACCAUCAUCGGGCAGUGGAAUGAGACCGAUGAGUAGUCAGCACAGUAAUAGCCAAAUGCUCGACAGAGACCGAGAUCGUAACAUGGGCAAAAUGUCCUCUCAACAAACACUACCUAGCCGAUCGUCGCAACAGCGACAUAUUCCCCCAUCAAUGUCGGGACGAAUGGGUCCUCCGUCUGGUGACGGUAUGACUAUUUCCAGAUCCAGCUCAGAACUCUACCAACAACAACAACAACAACAACAACAACAGCAGCAGCAGCAGCAGCAGCAACAACAGCAACAGCAGCCGCCGCCACAGCAAUCACAACUACCAUUGCCUGUUUCCACGAAGGAUGCAUCGAGACGAAACUUCGAAGUGCCGGAUAGUGCCGCUGAGGAGGCACUGAUGAAGUUCUCCAAACUGGUCAACGUGGAGAUGGAUGAUUCCGACUAUGGGCCCUGCAUCGAAACGCUGGAACAAACGAUCAAACGGGAACAUUUUCACGCGGCUAUUUACCAACUGUUCAAUGACAACAUCGAACGCGAUGCGAAAUCGAGGGAAAUUGUCGCCCGAGUGCACGCGCUGAUGUUCGAGAAAGGGGUCAUCACCAAGGCCGACUAUCUGCAUGCGCUGGAGGAGAUUUUCAAGUCAGCGGAAGAUUUAAUCAUCGAUCUACCUCAGCUGUACAAAUACCUUGCCACGUUCUACGUGCCGCUGCUCUACAAACAGUACAUUACCCUGGCCGACAUCCUGAACGUUGCGCAGGUAGUCAUCAACCAAUAUGGUGCUGUUCUGCUCAAAGAGCUGCUGCUACAGUACGAGAGUCUGUACGGAAGAGAUGCCACCGUUUUGCUGUGGUACGACGAUUCGUCCCCAAAGUUCAACGAUUUCAUAAAGCUAGGUAGCAACGAAAAGGUGGAAAAAUAUUUGAACGAUGCCAAGCUGGGGUAUCUGCUGGACAGACGGGAACUGAACAUGCAGACGGUCGGUGCGCAAAUCAAACAUUUCCUCGAGAGCAACGCAAAGUUUGUGGACAUCUUCAGUUGGAUUGCGCAAUACGUUGGUCGAGAGCAGGAAUCUUCCAAUGAGUUCAUCCGAACGCUUACGCGGGCGGUGAUAGAACACAGUAUAGACAGCAAGAAGAAACUAAUUGUGGCCGAAUUCCAGAAGCGUCAUCAGCUGUUGGCCAAGUAUAUCGAUAACAAGCCUGAGCGGGAACUGCAGGCUAUGUACGCUAUCCAGCGGAUAGUGGUAGAACUAGAACAUCCGCAGAAUCUGUUGACCGCGAUUCUGGAACAGCUGUUCGAUAACGAUGUGAUAAUGGAGGGUAUCCGACUCUGGAAGGAAUCCUCCGAUCCGCACGAAGCGGCUGGCAAGGGAGUGUGUCUCAAAGGAAUUACGCAGUUCAUGACCAUGUAUAUGGAGAGUCUGAGCGAUGAUGAGAAUACUACUGAAGAUGCUUUUUUUUAAAUCGCGUACACAUUUUGACUAUAUUGGAAGCAUUAUAAUGAUUAUACUACUAAUAAACAAUUGAUAAAAAAUAUGAAUAAAUCUAACGUUAAGAUCAACAUUUAUUUACAUAUAUAUUUAUAAACUAUCAAAUAAAGUAUCUGGUGAACCACAAACAAAGCGUUGU